GGAGAGGCUUCCACUGCAAUAGAGUUGAAAUAGCAUUAAAGAUUGUUAGGAUAAUUCAAUCUGAUAUAUAUUCUAGGACGAGGCAAAGGAGGUUAUUGCUUUUAUGGAUCCUCUUAUUAGGAUUCUUCGCCUUGUUGAUUCAGAUGGUUUCACUGCAUAUUACUUGUAUGAAGUAAAUGUUAGGGCAAAAGAAAAAUUAAGGAAGUUAAAGGAGAGUGAUGGAGUAAAGUACUUUACCACAUUGGAUUUGUUUGAUACAAGGGUGGAAAAGAAUAUAAUUCAUCAUGUUCAUGUGUUUGCUGCAACUUUAAAUCCUAAUCAUUUGUUUGAUGGUGAACUUUUUAUUGAGACAAGUACAGUUGUGCAAACUCAAGAAUGUAUUGUGGCAACCAUGAUUCCUCUAGAAGAUCGUGAGCAAUUCACUGCAGAAAUGGUUGAGUAUCGAAUGAGGAGCCCAAAUUUGUUCAAUAUCACAAGAAAGUCUUUAAUGAAAACUAACCAUCCAAGGAUUUGCUGGGAAUAUAUGGGUGGUUAUCUUCCUGUGGUUCAAAAGAUUGCUUGUAGAAUCUUAAGCCAACCUUGUAGUUCUUCUCCUUGCGAGAGGAAUUGGAGUGCUUGGGACGCAGCACAAACAAAGAAAAUGAACAGAUUAACUCCAGAAAUGUUAGAAGAUUUGGUAUACAUUAGAAUGAAUUCUUUGAUGAAGGAGAAGUAUGAAAGCCAAGCAAUUCAGGAUACAAAACCUAUUGACCUAGAGAAACUUGGUGACUUGCCUGAUGUAAACAUUGAAUUGGAGACAGAGAGACUUGAAGAGACAUAUGUUGAACCUAUUCAUGAUCAACCUAACUCUAUAUUAUGAUACAUUUGUGUUUUUUUUUAAUGAAAUGGGAUGAUGUAAUUUGGAUGAUACAUU